AUGGAAGACAACAAAGCUCCCGAAGUGCCCAUGCCCUGCACUGCUGGCUGCGGUUUUUAUGGCAAUAAGAUAUACAAUAAUAUGUGCUCUAAAUGCUUUCGGGAGCAAGCCGAGCAGAACAAGCAACCUAUUACCGAUGCCAAGCCAGCACCAUCAUCUACACCUAUCAAUAAUAACAACUUAGACAAGCAACCCGUAGCGGCAACAACUCCACCUCCACCUCCUUCAAACAACUUACCAGCACUCGCAACAACAUCACCACAAGAAGACAAAGAACAAGAGAACAACAAAGAAGAUACAGUCAAAACAGCUGAUGAGUCAUCUCCCCCCGAAUCAGCACAAAGACCUGUACAAAAGAGUCCUGGUCGAUGCUUCAUGUGUCGCGCCAAGAUUCCACUCGCCAAGCAAGUCAGCAACAAGUGCAGGUGUGAUUAUGUAUUUUGCGACUCGCAUCGUUAUCCUGAUAAGCACGACUGCGACUUUGAUCAUGCAUCUAUGGACAAAGAUAUUCUUGCCAAGAAGAAUCCCAAGCUCAAUGAAAGGCCACGAGGUGGUAGGUCGUUUCAACGUCUCGACAGCUUGUAA